AUGAAGCUCCUCGCCCUCCUCGUAACUCUAGCCGCCGCCACCCCCAUCUCGAUCGACGAGCCCGACACGCGUCAGAUCGGCGGCAAAUGCUACGGCGUGCUGGACGGGUGGUGCCCCGGCUCCAACGCAAUCAAGUACGUGCCGUCGCGCGCGGGGUGCUUCGAGCUCGGCGGGCGCCAGAUCGUGCGCCCGUCCCUCACAGGCUGCCACCGCAUCCAGCGCAACACGGGCAAGUGCGACGGCCCGUACGACUACGUCUGGAUCCCCAACCUCGGCGGCUGCCGGUGGACCAAGACCGGGCUGUGUCCCGGCGGCGCCGAUAUCUUGUACGUGAUGUAG